AUGGAAAUCUAUCCUGGAGCCACAUCUCCACUACUCUGUAACAGCACCUACCCUUAUUUGUGUAACGAAAGCAAACCUCUGGGCCUGGAGGAUAAAUCGGAACAUCAGCAAUACAUCAUCGGCCUGUUCCUGUCAUGUCUCUACACGAUAUUCCUGUUCCCCAUCGGCUUCGUGGGGAACAUUCUCAUUCUAGUGGUGAACAUCAGCUUCCGCGAGAAGAUGACGAUCCCAGACCUCUACUUCAUCAACCUUGCCGUGGCGGACCUCAUUCUGGUCGCCGACUCCCUCAUCGAGGUUUUCAACCUGGACGAAAAGUAUUACGACAUCACGAUCAUCUGUACCUUCAUGUCCUUGUUCCUCCAGAUCAACAUGUACAGCAGCAUCUUCUUCCUCACGUGGAUGAGCUUCGACCGAUACAUCGCGCUUGCCAAAGUCAUGCGGUCCAACAUCUUCCGCACCAUGGAGCACGCCAGGCUAAGCUGCGGCCUCAUCUGGCUGGCGUCCAUUUCUGCGGCGCUGGUGCCCUUCACGGCCGUGCACCUGCAGCACACCGGAGAGAUCCACUUCUGUUUUGCGGACGUCAAGGAAAUCCAGUGGCUGGAGAUCACCCUAGGGUUCAUCGUCCCUUUUGCCAUAAUAGGCCUGUGCUAUUCGUUGAUCGUCCGAGUCCUGAUCAGAGCUCACAAGCACAGGAGUUUGCGGCUACGCCGGCAGAAAGCUCUCAGAAUGAUUUUCGUGGUGGUCCUCGUCUUCUUCAUCUGCUGGCUCCCCGAAAACGUCUUCAUCAGCGUGCAGCUUCUCCAGAAGACGGAACCGGUCCCGUCCCGGAGCCAGUCCUUCAGACACAGCCACCCCUUGAUGGGACACAUCGUCAACCUUGCAGCCUUCUCCAACAGCUGCCUGAAUCCCCUUAUCUACAGUUUCCUAGGUGAAACUUUCAGAGACAAGCUGAGGCUGUACAUCGAACAGAAGGCCAAAGUAUCGGCUCUACAUCGUUUUUGCCAAGCUACCCUGAAAUCAGUCAUCCCUGAUAGCACAGAGCAAUCGGAAGUCUAAUUUAGGACCGUUCCGAAGGUACCACAAAGGAACAGGA